GACCGCUUUAAAAACCCUCCUGACCAUCCGAUUCAGCACGUUUUCCAGUCGAUCGUCGAGAUGAUGAACACUCGAGUGUGCUGCUCGUUGAUUGCUGUUUUGUUGUGUCUCUUUGUAUUCUUGAGCACAACAGAUGCUGAAGAAAAUGUCACAGGAAGCAAACUAGUGGCACAGCAAAUACAAGCAAAGCCAGGAGUAUGUCCUUUAUUCAGUCCUGAUGGAGCAGUGGACAAACCAUGUUUGAAGCUGUGUUUCCAUGACCGAAACUGUCCGGAUGAUCAGAAAUGCUGCAGCAGUGGAUGUGGACGACAGUGUAUGCCUCCAUAUAAAGAAAAGCCAGGAGUGUGUCCAAAAAUGAAUCUUAAAGAUUGUCUUGAGUUAUGUUCCCAAGACGGUCAAUGUCCGGAUGAUCAGAAAUGCUGCAGCAAUAAAUGUGGACAUCGGUGUGUGCCUCCAUAUAAAGAAAAGCCUGGAGUGUGUCCAAAAAUCCAAAUAUUUGGACCGUGUAAGGAGUUGUGUUCCCUAGACGAUGACUGUCUGAAUGAUCAGAAAUGCUGCAGCAAUGGAUGUGGACAUCAGUGUAUGGAUCCAUCUAAAGAAAAGCCAGGAGUGUGUCCAAAAAUUUAUCUUGAUGAUUGUCUUGAGUUAUGUUUCCAAGACGGUCAAUGUCCUGAUGAUCAGAAAUGCUGCAGCAAUAAAUGUGGACAUCGGUGUGUGCCUCCAUAUAAAGAAAAGCCUGGAGUGUGUCCAAAAAUCCAAAGAUUUGGACCGUGUAAGGAGUUGUGUUCCCUAGACGAUGACUGUCUGAAUGAUCAGAAAUGCUGCAGCAAUGGAUGUGGACAUCAGUGUAUGGAUCCAUCUAAAGUUAAACCAGGAGUGUGUCCCAGGAGAGGACCUGGAGUAGGAUUGUGUCAUGUGUUUGAGUGUGUCGAUGACAUUGACUGUCCGGUCAAUGAGAAGUGCUGCAGCACAAGAUGUGGACGUGAAUGUAAACCUCCAUUUACCCUUCCAGAAAAGCCAGGAGUGUGUCCAAGAAACAACGUAAUAGGAAUUUGUGUUGUGAGGGAGGAUAACUGUUUCAAUGACGGUGACUGCCCUAAUGAUCUGAAAUGCUGCAGUUAUGGAUGUGGACGUCAUUGUAUGGAUCCAUAUAGAGAAAAGCCAGGAGUUUGUCCAAGGAACAACGUAAUAGGAAUUUGUGUUGUGAGGGAGAACUACUGUUUCAAUGACGGUGACUGUCCUAAUGAUCAGAAAUGCUGCAGCAAUGGAUGUGGACGUCAGUGUAUGGAUCCAUAUAGAGUGAGACGUGAUCCAUGACUCAAACCAGAUAUGUGCUGAUCACUCUUCCCAUGAUGAUCAGUAUCCUGCCAGACAGAAGUGUUGCCCAACCACCUGUGGACAUGCAUGCAUCUCUCUCUGUUCUCUCUG